AUGCGGCUCACUAACUCCGCCGAAAUAAUUCUAUGCAUUAUUAACAGAAUGGCGUCUCGGAGGGCACAUAAAAUACUAGAAUUAGUAUCAUCGAGUUCUUCGUUAUCUUUGCAAAGUCAUGAAGUUAAACCAGUAGCUGAAACUCAUAACGCUACUGUAGAAGACCUAAACAAUAUACCAAGUGAGAACAUAGAAAAUCUCCCACCAAAUAAAAAUCUUACCGAUCUACGAUCUACUGAUGGACAGGUACAAUCUGACGAUCAUAAAAAGUUGGAAAUAUCGUUAGUUAGCAGCUGCGAUGAAAUAUUAUCAGAAAAUGCAGACGAUCAUCUGCAUUUUAGCCAAAAAAUUGAUUCCCGGUUGAUUAGUUCUAGAAACAUAGAAAAUAAAUCUUUUGACACUGAUGAAAAGAGAUUGCCAACAAGCCUUGUGCCAGACUAUGACAGCGAUGAUUACAAUAACUUGGAAUGCAUUGGAGUUCUACAAGACAUAACAAAAAAACACAACCGCAAUCAUCCUCGAGUUCAACAAGUACAAGUUCAUCAUCAUCUAGUUCUUCUUCUUCUGGAACUUCCUCAGAUUCAGAUGAUUCUUCAUCUUCGAAAACAGAAGAAGAACCUGAAAACCGCAAAACAGUAG